CGUUGAGUGUACGGUGUGUGUGUAGUCCAAAUAGUCCCGCCCACACAGUGACGCCUCUGCGAGCAGAGAAAACGUGCGGACAGUCCGUUCCAUCAGUCUCCGUUUAUUUAAACCUUUUUGUCGAGGAUUUUUCUCGAGUCGGAUCCACAUAUUUUCCCUAAACACUGCUUGUUUACAUAAACUGGCAUUGCACAUGGGAAGAUUGCUAUGGAUCAUUUAAUCAGAUUGCAGACAAACACAGCGAUGGAUGAGCUACAAGACGUUCAGCUGACCGAGAUCAAACCUCUUCUGACCUACAAGAACUCUCAGAAUUUCCAGGACUUUGACUGUCAGGAGCAUGACAUUGAGACACCCCAAGGCGUACUCCAUGUGACCAUGAAAGGCAGUCCUAAAGGCAACCGUCCCGUCAUUCUAACCUACCAUGACAUUGGCCUUAAUCACAAGUCCUGCUUCAACACGCUGUUUAACUUUGAGGAAAUGAUGGAGAUAACUCAGCAUUUUGCUGUCGUGCAUGUGGACGCCCCUGGCCAACAGGAAGCAGCACCCCCCUUUCCCGCAGGGUACCAGUACCCCACCAUGGAUGAGCUGGCAGAGAUGUUGCCCUCAGUCCUGACUCAGCUCAAGGUGAACAGUGUGAUUGGCAUUGGUGUGGGGGCAGGAGCCUACAUCCUAAGCCGCUUUGCUCUGAUUCAACCAUCCAUGGUAGAGGGGCUGGUUUUGAUUAACGUGGACCCCUGUGCUGAGGGCUGGAUGGACUGGGCUGCUUCUAAGAUCACUGGGUGGACAAGUAAUCUAGUGGACAUUGUGAUGGCUCAUCACUUCAGCACUGAGGAGCUAACUGAAAACCAGGAACUGAUACAGACAUAUCGCCUGCACAUUUCCCAGGACAUCAACCAGGACAACCUGGCCCUCUUCUGUGGCUCAUACAAUGCGCGUCAUGACCUUGGAAUCGAGAGGCCAGUUGCCGGUCUCAAUGAGAAUACUGUGAACACGCUGACAUGCCCUGCUCUGCUGGUUGUUGGAGAUACCUCCCCUGCUGUGGAGGCUGUGGUUGAAUGCAACUCCAGGUUAAAUCCAGUAAAGACCACUCUGCUAAAGAUGGCUGACUGUGGUGGUUUGCCUCAGGUUGUUCAGCCUGGAAAGCUGGCCGAAGCCUUCAAAUACUUUGUGCAAGGAAUGGGAUACAUUCCUCAUGUUUUGCUCAGCCAUCUGAGCUUUGAAUCAGUACCUGCUGCCGGCAUGACACGUCUGUCUCGAUCCCGAUCCUCCUCCUCCAGCUUCACAUCCUCGGACGGCUCACGCAACCGCAACCUGAACAGCCCUCUGGAUGGGCCCAACUCUGGAGCCCUGGUCAAUCAGGCCAGGCCACAAACCAUGGAAGUCUCCUGCUAAAAAGGCAUCGCCACUCCUCUCCUCCCCCUGGAGCUCUGGGUGAAUCUCUGCCAUCCUUUCACCCCUCUUCUCCUGUUAAUUGUGUCCUAGAUUCCUGUGUUUCUAAAGCCUUCAAAAGUUAAGCAGGGGAGGCUUGAAUGUAUUAAAUACUAAAGGUAUGCAUAAUGAAUAUAUACAGAUGAUACUAUAUGCUAGCUACAUUGUCAGUCAUAAAAGUAGAACAAAUGAAUGACUAAUAUAUAAUAACACUUGAAGGGUCUUCCACCAGGCUGUUCAUCUUCAUCAUUGUUAGUGAUCCAUUUUAUAAUUUCCCUUUUUUAUUUCUUCCACCCCUUUUAAAUGCUUUUUUGAACCUCCCUUAAUAUAAAAGUAUAGUUAAUCUAAAAAUGAAAAUUCUGUCAUCAUUUACUCACCCUCACUGAAACAAAACCCAUAUGACUUUCUAUCUUUUGUGGAACAGAAUGUUCAGUCUCAGUCACCAUUCACUUGUAAUGUAAAAAGAUUGAAUGGUGACUGAGACUGAACAUUCUGCCUGAAAUCUCUUUUGCGUCCCAAGGAAGCCAGAAAUUCAUACAGGCUUGAAACAACAUGAGGGUGAGUAGAUGAUGAUAGAAUUUUCAUUUUUGAGUGAACUAUCCCUUUAAAGAAAAAUUAUAAAAAUGUAUGUUUUAUGGUGUGAACUGUGAGGUUUCCUGUUCCCUUAUCAUGCUACACUGUGAUAUUGUUUCAUUUGUUGUCCUGAAUCUCUCUGUUUUACUGUUUCAAAUAAAAGUAAUAUUCUGUUGUUGAAUCCACUUUAAUGUGAACCCAUGAAUGUAAUGAAUAUUUAAGAACUAAUAUUUGUUGUGUUUAUCCUGUAUUAAAAACUCUACUGGCUUAUAUUAAACAAUACAUAUAACCAUCUUUAGCUAUUAGAAAAUAACAUUACCUUGUGAAGAAUUCAGAUCACUCAUCAGGCUAAACAAGUGAAAUAUAAUUUGUUCUUUUUGUUUUAAUCUUUGUUUCUUUGUGUUUUUUAACAGUUACAACAUGCUGUCACUUUUUAAAUAUGCAGAGCAUCUGUAGCUUUGCAUAUUUAGACAUGGUAUCAUAUAAAAUCAUGCUUUUCAUUUGUAUAUUUUACAUGAUCACUCCCUAUUGUUUUUUUUUUGUUGUUGUUUUUUUAAACAUAAUUAUUCCAAAUCUAUUGAUGUACACAUGGAUUGACCGCUUUCAUGAACAUAAAUGUAAGACUGAACUUUGUCUGAUAAAGUCACUCUCCAUUGAUUCGCAAUUACUAAAUAAAGUGACAGUAUAUCAUGGAAACUGGCAUAAGGUGUCUCAUGCAUUUUUU